UCCGAGUCCGAGUCCGCAAAUGUUUAAACAUGCAUUCAACACAACUGCCCAACACUCGCCACAGAAGUAGCCUCGUUCGCCAUCGGUAUCUGAUGAUCGUCGAUCACUAGGAGACUGCGACGCGACGCGAUGCGUUCAACUCAAGGAACGAAUCUGAGGGUACUAUCAUGCUUAGUACUGAUGUCUCAGCGUUCCCGAGUCAACGUUCAGAUUGUGAAACAUGGUGCCACGGUCGAGGCUGCCGACGGAAACAGCUCCGAGUCGUCGCGAUGAUUUUCCAGGCAAGAUCAUCUCUACCGUACUAGCUCAAUUCGAAGCUUCCUCUGCGGUGUACUGUAUUCCGAAUUCCAUAUAAUCAGGAAUGAAUCUAUCUUGGACAACUGCGACGACUGCGUUGGUCGCAGCAGUCACGAUCUCAAAGGUCUUCAAGUUCGUUUCUGGUCUAAAGGCAGUGGAUUACCUUCCGGGCUUAUGGGUGCCAUUUCAGCCCCUCAGUUUGUUAGGCGUGCUCGUACCAGAAAGGUCAUGGAACCCGAGUGUAAUCUUUGUCUGGACGUGGAGACAUACCAGAAAUAUUUAUCGUCGCUUUGACAGUGACACAGUCUCGGUGGUACCUUUUUUCUCUGGUGCACCGUCAAUAUAUACACGAUCUAUGGAUGUCACCAAGCAGGUCGUGACCGUUGGUCACAAGACAGGUGCAUUUGGGAAGGUUGAUGAUAUGGGUCGCUUGUUUCUAUUCUGGGGUCCGAAUGUCGUUGCGGUGACGUCUCAGGAUCAAUGGAGAAAGCACAGGAGGAUCACUGGACCUGCGUUCAAUAAGGACACCUAUCAACUUGUCUGGAAUGCUACACACAAGGCAUAUUCUGAAAUGAUUGACUGUGAAGGGUGGGGAGAGAAAGGGACAAUAGACGUUCGACGUAUCCAAUCACUGACAAUCAAGUUCACCCUCACCAUCAUGGCUACUGCUGGCUUCGGUCUCCCAUUUUCCUGGGGAGAGCCACCCUCUCAUGAUGGACGAAUGUCGAUUCAGCAAUGUUUGGAAAUCAUAACGCUUAGAAAUACCUUUGCGAUUGCAGCUCCAAGAUGGGCUUGGAAAUUGCCGUUGCCAUGGGUUCGGCAGACCCGUGAAGUGUUCGAUACCAUGAGGGCAUUCAUGAAUUCUCAUAUCCAGGCGAGGCGUGAAGCCAUAGAUUCUUCAGCUGAUGAUGAUACAUCGAAAGAUAUUCUUUCGUUGUUUGUUCGAGCGAGCGAACACGAUGAAGGAAAGCUACAUCUGGACAACAAGGAAUUGAUCGGGAAUGUCUUUGCGUUGCUAUUUGCUGGCCAUGAGACAACAUCACACAGUCUGGCAGCUACUCUUGGUUUUUUAUCAUUACACCCAUUUAUUCAGGAUGAGAUAGUCGAGCAAGUUCACGAAGUCACUAAAGGGCGUGAAAAUGGCGAGAUUACAUUCGACGACUAUAGCAAACUGGACAAAGCUCUCGCAGCAUUCUAUGAAGGAGUCAGAAUGUUCCCUUCUGGUGUCUAUCUCAUAAGGGAGGCGAAGCAAGACACAGUGCUCAAUCUUUCGGGCAUUGACGAGGAACCGAAGAUGUUGCCAGUCAAGAAAGGUACACAUGUCAUAGUCGACAUGAUCGGUGUCCAUUACAACCCAGAAUAUUUCCCUGACCCCGAAGAGUUCAAACCUGCACGUUGGUAUGCGAACAGCGCGAGCAAUGCAUAUAUUGCAGGCGGCGAAGAUCACACUGGUUUUAGCGUUGGCCCACGCUCCUGCCUUGGCAAGAAGUUCGCGACAACUGAGGCCGUUUGUUUCCUAGUACUGCUUCUACGCGACUGGCGCGUUGAGCCUCUCCUGUCUGUCAAUGUCUCUACCGGAGAAAAGGAAACCAAAGAGGAAUGGCGCGAAAGAGUCAUGCAGGCCAAAAUGACUAUUACAUUAGGUGUCAGGGAUGUUCCGCUGACAUUUACAAAGCGGGUUUAAGGGUUUGUUUAUAAAGGAUUAUAUGUAGAUCAUCUACGCUAUCGUCUGUUAUAGCAGUGCAGCGUAAUAUAUCUCUUAUCUUCGUUGCCUA